AAAGCAAAACUCAAAUAAAGGUUGCAGUCAGAAGCGUUUACUCUAAAUAAACGUAAAUAAAUGCCUCGAUGUGCCCUGUAGCUGUGCCAUAAAGACAGAACCAAGCAAUAAUACCUGUGAAAUAUUGAAAUCUGAUAUUCAUGCUCUCUAUAUACCGUUUGAUAGAAUUUUUAUUACUUUAGUUAAUUUUUGAUUUAUUUCAUAUGAAACGAAAAGAAUUUUCUAAAGGUUGUGAAAAUGCCAAUACAAAUGGGAGAGACACUGGUUUUCGUUCAUGCUCACACGGUAACAUAACCGUAAAAAGAGCAGGGGACUAUUUACUAGGUCCCCGUAUUGGUAAUUCUCCUGUGAAGAGUAUUGUUCAAUGUUUAGCUAAGAAGAUAGGAACAGAUGACUUCUACACUCUAAAGAUUCUCACUCUCUCCGAUCCUUCAGAAGAGACGCAAGAUGAUAGGCAGGGAAAGAUGCUGCUUCAUACGGAGUAUUCUUUGCUAUCUAUUCUUCAGUUCAACCCCGGGGUGAUCCACCAUCAUGGAUUAUUCAAAGAUGAAUAUUUCGAGCCCAGUGAUAAAAAGAUGAAUUUAAGGAAUUCUGUGAGAAGAAGGCAGAGAGUAUGUUUGGUGCUUGAUUGUUUGUCACGACAUGAGUUUAACCCUCGAAACUCUCGUAUAAUCAACCUACAACAUUAUGUGAUCAGUGAAAAGAAACUUUCUGAAAAAGAAGCUGUGUUCCUAUUUUAUGAUAUUGUAAAUAUUGUAUCAUCAUUGCAUAAGGAGAAUGUGGUUCAUCGAGAUUUAAAAUUAGGAAACAUAGUUCUCAAUCAGCACACGAGAAAAGUGACUCUAACAAAUUUCUGCCUGGGUAAACAUUUGAUGAAUGAAAAUGAUCUACUGAAGGAUCAGAGAGGGAGCCCUGCAUACAUUAGUCCAGAUGUUUUAAGUGGUAAGCCUUACCUUGGAAAACCCAGUGAUAUGUGGGCUCUGGGAGUCGUCCUCUUUACUAUGUUGUAUGGAAUAUUUCCAUUUUACGACUCAGUUCCUCAAGAAUUGUUCAGAAAAAUAAAAUCUGUGGAAUUUACCAUUCCAGGAUCAGAUGGUAGAGUCUCUGAAAGCUCUAAUAUGAUUAUCCGUAAUUUAUUGAAUGCAAAUCCAACUCAACGAAUGACAGCUGAACAAGUGUUGGAUGCGCUGAGUUGUAUUGCAGCUACAAGGUGGAGUUCAUCAUCACGUGACAAUGAUCUACAAGUUGUUCCAGUUUAUGUCUCCCCAACAACUUCACAAGAGACUACAAACAAGGCAGAAGACAAAUCUAUAUCCCUACAGGGAGCAAUUGAGGAGACUUCUGCCUUAGACCUCCGCUUGAAUUCAUCAUCUGUUUAUCUUCCAAUCAUUUCUUCACAAAAAGAAUUCAUUAGACCGAAGAAGAAGAAAUCCCAUCAAGGAUUUUCUUUUCCAAUCUGUCACAUAAAUGAAGAUGCCCAACCCUUAACACAAUCAGACAUUCAGUCUCUGAGGCACAUUUUACCUAGUACAUCUCAUCAGUAAUGUAUGCUGGAAAGUGUCAAUGUCAUACAAUACACAGUAAAUAGGACUUUGGACUUAUAAAUGCAAUGUAUGAAUGAAAACUACUGCAUAUUUUUAUUUUAUCUACAAAAAUAUAAAAAGAGCAAAUUUCAUAUUUUCUUUUAAAAUAAUAAAUAAGUAAAAAUCUCUUUUCUUUCUUUUUUUAUCAAUUUGUAAAUGAUCCCUUAUUUUUUUCUUUUUUAAAUUGAAAACAAACCUUUAUUUUUGGCCUAUGAUGAUGUAUACAAUGCAUGGAUGCCUACUACUACAUAUUUUAAUACUGCAUGCAAAAAUAUAAAAGGGGCAGAUUUAUUAGAUUUUUUUAAAAAUAAAUAUCUCAUUUCCUGGUA